UGUUUGACCAACCAGCUCGAACUAGAAGCCCGGAACAACACGAAGCCCUCGGGCCUUACCGUGCCGCCGCCUAACCAAUCCACCGCCGCGCCUCGCCGCCAGCCACCUGCUUCGGCUGCGCCGCCUGCCUGCUUCACCCUCGCCUCGCGUCUCCCGUGCUUCUCAGCGAGGCAGCCGCCGCCGCGUAGCGGCUAUACGGCUUGGCCGGCGCCCCGCUGCUCGUCCUCGAGCUAGGCAGGGCGGAUUUGUUCCUCUCGUCCCGGAGGCGGAGAAGACUACCCCGCACGCUCGGGGAGCCGGUUGGGGCCGCCCGGCCCGCGAUGUCGUCGAGCAGGUUCUCGCCGGCGCUGCAGGCGUCGGAUCUCAACGACUUCAUCGCCCCCUCGCAGGACUGCGUCAUCUCCCUCAACAAGAAUUCCUCCGCCGCCCGCCGCCUCCAGAUCAAACAAAAGGAAAAUACGGUGAGCACAAAGCCUCCAGAGGAAGCAGUCAAGAUUUCGCUAAAAGACUGUUUGGCAUGCAGUGGUUGUAUAACAUCAGCAGAGACGGUUAUGCUGGAGAAGCAAAGCUUGGGUGACUUCAUUGCUCGCAUAAACUCUGGCAAAACUGUUAUUGUAUCUGUGUCUCCCCAGUCAAGAGCAUCACUAGCUGCAUUCUUCGGUCUUUCUCAAUCACAGGUUCUCAGAAAACUUACUGCUUUGUUCAAAUCGAUGGGCGUAAAGGCCGUUUAUGACACAAGCUCUAGUAGAGACCUAUCCCUUAUUGAAGCUUGCAAUGAAUUUGUAUCACGUUAUCAGAAAAACCAAUCAUCUAGUGGCCAAGAAGCUGGAGCCAGUCUUCCAAUGAUUUCAUCUGCAUGCCCAGGUUGGAUAUGCUAUGCUGAAAAGACUCUUGGUUCAUAUAUCCUACCUUAUAUCUCAUCUGUAAAGAGCCCUCAACAGGCGAUUGGUGCAGCUAUUAAGCACCAUGUGGUUGAAAAACUAGGUCUCAAGCCAUAUGAUGUCUAUCAUGUUACUGUGAUGCCAUGCUAUGAUAAGAAGCUAGAAGCUGUCCGGGAUGAUUUUGUUUUCUCAGUAGAUGGUAAAGAAGUCACAGAGGUGGAUUCAGUACUGACUACUGGUGAAGUAUUAGACCUGAUACAGUCCAAAUCUAUCGAUUUCAAGACACUAGAGGAAUCUUCCUUGGACAGAUUGCUAACAAAUGUUGAUGAGGAAGGCCAUCUCUAUGGGGUUUCUGGAGGUUCUGGGGGCUAUGCAGAAAUAGUCUUUCGCCAUGCUGCACGUGCAAUCUACAAGAGAGAAAUAGAGGGUCCUCUUGAUUUCAGAACCUUGCGAAAUUCAGAUUUCCGCGAAAUUACAUUGGAGGUGGAGGGCAAACCUGUUUUGAAGUUUGCACUUUGUUAUGGAUUCAGGAACCUGCAGAAUAUUGUUAGGAAGAUUAAGAUGGGAAAAUGUGAAUACCACUUUAUUGAAGUUAUGGCGUGUCCUUCAGGUUGCCUGAAUGGGGGAGGCCAAAUAAAGCCUGUUCAGGGCCAAUCUGCCAAGGAACUUAUCCAGCAAUUGGAGAGUGUGUACACACAAGAUGUAUCAAUUUCUGAUCCUUUCGAUAACCCUAUCACGAAAAGAUUAUACGACGAAUGGCUGGGGCAACCUGGUUCAGAGAAUGCGAAGAAGUACUUGCACACAGAUUAUCACCCUGUUGUGAAGAGUGUGGCUUCACAGUUACAGAAUUGGUGAUAACGGCUCGUUUUUGCACUGGGAAUUCCAAUGCACUUCAAGAGCCAGGAGGGACUUUGGACUUGCACACAGAACAAUCAUGGCGUCCUCUCCAUGCUAAGGGAAUAUUGAUCACACAGCAAUAUAAACAUCGCCAAAGUUUCUUUUUUGUAAUCUUUAAAGCGAAGAAAUUUUGUUAGGCAAUAGUUUUUCAGCUGCUUUCUGGGUAAUGUUGUACAUUACCAAAGGGGAAGAAUAGUUAAAAAUUUUAAUAUGUAAAAAUGAACGAGAAAGGUCUAGAUGACCUUAUACUGUCUGGCCCAAUUAUCCUUUUAGUAGUAUAAGAAAAAAAAGAUGAGCUUUUGGUUACCCA